AUGAUCAAUGUAUAUGAAGGAAUAAAGGGUGUGAAGAAGGUCAAGAGCUUACAGCCAGAGGACUUGACUUCAAAUGCGAGCAACCUGGGUGCAUUGCCAUCAGGUGUAACAGUACUACUAACAGAGAGUCAUGUAGAGUUCUCAGUAGCUCUAGAGGGCAAGCGAGCAACAGACGAUGUAUUCUGGCUUGGCUUCCACUUCUCUGCUUCGUUUCAGAAGUUUCAAAAGGUCUUCUCCAAGUCAUUACCCAAUCUAACAUUUGAACAGACAUCAGCGUUACUUCAUAAAAGCUUAAUAUCACAGUUUGAAGACCCUUAUGCAUCACCUCUAUAUAUAACAGGAGCCAAUGGAUCAAAGGCUUACUGGACUGUCUCGCUGGCAGACCAUCCAAAUGUGAUCUACGGACAUAUCCCACUGCAUCGAUCAGACUCUUAUCACACAUUGCAGGCGUACCCAAUCUUGUCGCUCGAGGGCGACAUGCAGGUAAUCAUCGGCACGGACAUUGAUCGAAACCAGCUCUAUCCGGCCUAUCCCAAGAUCGACGCGUGCUACACACAGACACUGCACAACAUCGAUCCGAUCCUGCAGACGCUCAAGUGGUCGGCCAACGUCAUCCCGACGAUCAAGACGUCGCCGUCGCCGUCUGGCAGCAGCGCCGCCCCUGCCGCGCCACAGACCAGCGAGCAGCUGAUCACAAAGAACCAGUUCGACCUGGAGAAGCUGGCGCGCUGGUUCCUCAAGAAGUUCAACCCGGUCAACCCGCUGACCUUUGUCUACGGCAUGUCGUUCUACAAGAAGGGCAGCGCCAAGACGAUCGACAUGAUCACACUCAAGACGUCGCCCAAUGGCAAGACAUUCGUCGUCAACCUCGUCCAGACGUUCCGUCUGACGCCAUCACUCGACUUUUUCAAGGAUCUCGACGGACAGAAGCGAUUCGAGGAGGAGAACCUGCCGACGUACAUGUCUCAGAUGUCCGAGCUGGAGAAGGACUGCCAGACCAUCAAGAACCUCGUGCCAUCCACCUCUGUGUCCAUCUACAAUCCUUUCUUUGAUCGACACUAUAUGCGAACGAACAAAUGUCCUGCACCACUCACUGUCGAGUCGUCCUUCUUGGCCUCACAUCCAAUGCAUUCAUCAACAUCAUCUUCAUCAUCACAGACUCAUGAAGUUGAGUCUCCAAGGACUCCACAGGCAUCAUCAUCAACUUCAACAUCAACUUCAGCAACAACAACACCAAGGAGUAAACAACAACAACAUCAACAUCAUUCAUCAUCCAAAGAUGCUACACAUCUUCCAUCUCCAACACAAUCCCAAGGCCAUGGUACUACUCAAACAGUAUCUCCAUCAAUCAAUGUCGACCAAGCAUUGUUGGCACAAGUGAUUGGACAAUGGAUCAAAGAGCACAAUUGUCAUCUGUAA